GCACAAUGAUUUUUGUUGGGAUAAAUUAGGGUCUGUGCUUGAAGACUAGCGCUCUAGCAUUGAUCGCCGAUUCCACGUCGUUGACCCCAGAUCAAGUUCACACUGAAUAAUCACAAUUGAACGGUACAGCCAACAGAAACCCAAUGAUUCAUUUUACGUACAAAUAAACAUAUGCAUUUCUCCAUAUAGAUAUAGCACAAUGCUACGUGUUUUGGAGCCUUGUAUAGUUUCAUGCAUGUAGGUAAUCAUGUCGACUUCAUCCCCUCAAUCGUCCGGACCCGUUCGUAUCAUGAUGUGGAGCACACCGAGGUCACUGUCGACUGCAUUCGCGAGGUCGAUGUCGGCUCGAGGUGAUGCCGAAGUCUUCUGGGAACCGUAUUUUUCAUGUUACUUUUUUGGACCGGCUGGGGCGGAAAGGAUUAGUUUAUUGCCAAUUCAUGCUACAAGCAUGAGCAAUGAGAAGUAUACGCAUAGCUUCAUCAGUGGUUUACUCAACGCUGAAUACCCUGGAGCCAAGGUCCUCUUCGUCAAGGAUAUGGUAGAGGGGAUUAAGGAUAAUUUCGACGUCGUCGACCACCGCUAUAAACACUCCUUUAUCAUCCGUCAUCCACGAAAAACAUUUCGCUCCUUGUACCGUAUCGCUCAUUCGCAAAUAGGACCACGCGAUCCCUGUGAAAUGAUAAGUAGACACAAAAACAACUAUCACAUUUUGGAGCAGUUCUACCGUUACGUCCAAACCGAGCUCGACCAGGGAGCCCCUCCUAUCAUCGACGCCGACGACCUCGUCAGUCACCCGGAGAAGCUGCUCCCGAAAUACUGCGAAGCCAUGGGCAUCGAGUACACUCCCAAGAUGUUGGAAUGGGAGAGCGUUGAAGCGGACAGCUUAACUGGCACUGCACCGAUGUGGGUAUUUUCGCACACUCUCAGGCGAACCAAAGUUUGAUUUUGUCUAAUGCUAUGAAAGGACAGGGUUUUGGCAAGGCACCCGAUCCUACCAAACAUAUCGAACUGCCAGCGGCCGUCGAAGCGAUGAUUAGCCAUGCUCUACCAGUCUACCAGAAGUUGUAUGAACUGCGAAUUCAACCUUAGGGCAUGUGUGAAUCAUGUCAAACUGGUGUGUCAAGAACACAACCUCCUCUAGAUAAGAUACUUCGGAGAUACUAGCUUUGUAUGGGCACAUAAAGGUCAUUAACUAUUUUGAAUAAAACUAUAAAAAAACUAUCGAGACAACUGCAGGAUAUGUCUGAGACAACAUCAUAUUCCAACCAA